AUGGGCGUACCCUUCGAAGCUCUCCUCCCCUACGGAAUCAUGCUUGCCAUGUUCGGUGUUACUGGAGCAGGAUUGUCGAAGAUCAGACAUAUGCAGAACGGUGGAAAAAGAGGAAGACAUUCGGUGGAUCAAUGGGACAGACAAAGUAGACUUCUCCAGCUAUACCAACUCGCGAGCGGUAGCACUAACCAAAUACAGUGA